AUGGCCAUCUACAUUAAUUGUUUGCAGGGGCCCCGCGUCUAUUUUCAGAGCCCGCCUGGGGCUGCAGGCGAGGGCCCGGGCGGAGCGGACGACGAGGGCCCAGUGAGGCGCCAGGGGAAGGUCACGGUCAAGUACGACCGCAAGGAGCUACGGAAGCGCCUCAACCUGGAGGAGUGGAUCCUGGAGCAGCUCACUCGUCUCUACGACUGCCAGGAAGAGGAGAUCCCAGAGCUGGAGAUUGAUGUGGAUGAACUCCUGGACAUGGAGAGCGAUGAUACUCGGGCUGCCAGGGUCAAGGAGCUGCUGGUUGACUGUUACAAACCCACUGAGGCCUUCAUCUCUGGCCUGCUGGACAAGAUCCGGGGCAUGCAGAAGCUGAGCACACCCCAGAAGAAGUAAGGGUCCUCGACCCAGAUGAACGGUGGCUCCCACAGGACAAUCGCUGCCCCCUGACCUCGUAGCAACAGCAAUACCGGGGGGCCCUGCGGCCAGGCCUGGUGCUGUGAGCAGGGCUCCCCGUGCCCCUGGCCCAGGGGCCUCUUCCCUGCCCCCUCGGUUUUCCACUUUUGGGGUUUUUUUAUUAUUAUUAAACUGAUGGGACUUUUUGUGUUUUUA